GCCGCCACUGCGAAGCGGGCCGGGGCGGGCCGGACCGGAGGGACCGGAGCCCGGGGGGCGAUGCGGCUGCUGCCCCUGCUGCGGACGCUCCUCUGGGCCGCGCUCCUCGGCUCCCCUCUCCGCGGGGGCUCGGGCCUUCGCCAUCCCCUCUACUGGAACUCCAGCAACCCCAGCUUGCUCCGAGGCGAUGCGGUGGUGGAGCUGGGCCUCAACGAUUACCUAGACAUCUUCUGCCCCCACUACGAGGGCCCGGGCCCGCCGGGAGGCCCCGAGAGCUUUGCGCUGUACAUGGUGGACUGGCAGGGUUACCAGGCCUGCCGGGCCGAGGGGCCCCGGGCCUUCAAGCGCUGGGAAUGCUCUCGGCCCUUCGCCCCCCUGGGCCCUGUCCGCUUCUCAGAGAAGAUUCAGCGCUUCACGCCAUUCUCGCUCGGCUUCGAGUUCUUACCUGGAGACACGUACUACUACAUCUCGGUGCCCACUGGAGAGAGUCCCGGCCAAUGCCUGAGGCUGCAGGUGUCCGUCUGUUGCAAGGAGAGCAAGUCCGAGUCGGCCCAUCCUGUGGGAAGCCCCGGAGAGAGUGGCACUUCGGGGUGGCGAGGGGGAGGCGCCCCCAGCCCCCUCUGUGUGCUGCUGCUGCUGCUAUUUCCCAUCUUGAGGCUCCUGCGAGCUCUCUGAGCCCUCCCCGGAUGCCCUGCAGGGGGCGCUGCCCCUGAACUCUGUCCAGUGCCCCGGAACCCUGUGAGAGGACCUCAGAGGUCAGGGGCCUGCGGACCCCUACCAAGUGCUGGCCCUGUGUGAAGAGGAGCGUGGGGCAGCCUGCCAUGGUCUGCGCCACCCCAACCCCCAGGAACACAGGACUCGGUGGCACUGCAUCCUUGAAGCUGCAGGGGGCCAGAGCCCAAGCCCCCAAGGACAGACAGGUGGAUGACCGGCCAGGGUGAGGAAGAGGGCCAGGCUUGCCAUCUGCGUCCACCGCCCUGGCACCUCUUCCCCAAGGCAGCACCUUUCCCUCCGGGGGGAGGGUCAGUCACAUGUCUUCUGUGAAGAUGGACUUGGCAUGAGGUCCCUGUUCAUGCCACUUUGUAUUUUUAUAAGUAUCUGGACCAAACCCUCAA